ACAUGCCGACAACAAAUUCGCCAACAGCCAAUUGGCGAAAGUCCAGUCAGUCAAUUGUCUGGCAGUGAAAUGUCAUUCGGCGAAACAUUCCGUCGGCUUGCCAUGCUCGCUCACUUUGAUCACGAGUUUCCGUCCACAAAUUUGGCCCUACCAAUGGACAUCAAAUAUAUGACUAAAAAAUAAAAAUUUAAAAAAUGGUACAGUAAUAAUGAUAAGCUCUAUAGAAGUAUAACUAUUAAGGGGAUUUUCAUUUUCUUAAGGAAUAUGGGAAUUUCUAAAGUGGAUUCAAUGGAUGACAACUACACAAUGAAUGCAGACACUGAUUUGUGCACAUCUAACGACAGUGACGGUUUUAUGACGUCAUCAGAAAUCUUGGACUGCUACGGUGAUCCUGAAAAUAAGUGGUUAUUUCUCUUUGUGUUAAUCAUAGUUUGGAUUUUAACUUCAGCAACCAUUUUUUUGAACUGUCUGGUGUUGCUUUCUUUCGCCAUCAAUCGGAAAAUCCGUUCCAAACCUGCAAACGUGUUUAUUUUGACGCUCUCAUUGGCGGAUCUGACGGUUGGUGUUGUAUCGCUCCCAUUGGGCAACAUACAAUUAAAGUAUGGUUACUGGGCUUUUGGUGAAAUAGUGUGCAAAUUAUACUUGUUUAUCGACUAUACUGCAUGCGGAGUUUCGGCUGGUUGUAUCGUCCUGCUAAGUCUUGAUCGCUAUUGGAUGGUUAAAAGACAUCUUAGGUAUAACGCGUUUAUGACGCAUCGGAAAGCGUUUACUUUAUCGCUUUGUCUUGUUUUGUUCUUCGGUAUUUUUUAUGUGUUGGGUAUUUUUCUCUGGGAGCUUCUAACAGGUAAAAGUAAUGUUGACUACAAUGUGGGAUGUGGGGCGGGAAGAAAAGAUAACUUGACAUUUAUUUACUUAUCGGUCACCAUAGUAUUCGGCCUUCCUUUCGCUUUACUUAUAUAUUUGAACGUUAAUGUGUAUAUUGGGGUAAUUAAUUGGUCGACGGGAAAGAAUCUUCAAGGCGGAAAAAACUACAGGAUUGAAAGAGAGAAGUCGAAAGAAAACCAUGAGAAUCACAAUUUGGAUCGGAAGAAUGAAAAGUCAGAUAAUAUGCCGGUAAAACAGUCGUCAUUGCGGCGUUUUCAAGGCGCGAGACGAGGAUCACAGACACGGAAAGCGGCCAUUACGCUAGCUGCACUUGUCACGGUCUUUUUAAUCUGUUGGCUGCCAUAUAAUAUAUAUAUAAUUAUUGAAAGACCUAGUUCAAAAUUCAGCAAUUUUGGCUGGAUAUUUGUUAAUUAUCUACUGUGGAUUAACUCGGCAAUCAAUCCAAUUCUGUACGCCGUUACUAACAAAGAAUUUCGGAAAACAUUCGCGAGAGUCAUACCUUUAAUUACAAAUAUAAUUGCAUUGCCUAUACAAAAUUGA